AUGAAAGUUAAAAAAAAAAUAACCUCAUCAAUAAAAUCUAUUAUUUUUCAAUCUCAAAAUGUCCAGAUCUAUCUAUCUAUCUAUCUAUCUAUCUAUCUAUCUAUCUAUCUAUCUCGUUCUGUUCCUUCCUAUCUAACUAUCUAUCUCUCUAGCUAUCAACACUCAGAGGCGACAGGCCAAAGGCAAUCAUCUAUCUAUCUAUCUAUCUAUCUAUCUAUCUGUUGCAUUCUGUUCAUAUAUAUCUAUCUAAUCAUUAUUUAUCUAUGUAUCUCUACUUAUCAUGUUUGUAUCUAUCUGAUUAAGUCCAUCUCUCUCUCACACUCUGUCCAUCUAUCUAUCUAUCUAUCUAUCUAUCUAUCUAUCUAUCUAUCUAUGCAUAUAUAUAUAUAUAUAUGUUGUUUGGACCACCCACUGAGCCUGUCUCUGACUGGAAAAUAUACAACUAAGUUUAAAUCAAACACCCUCACGUGUCGUAAAUUCUUAUCGUCGAUCGCAUCUAAUCGGGAUUUUAAUCGCUUUUCGGUUUAUUGGCAAAUUCUUUUCACCCUUCGCUUACAAAACAAGAUGUCAAGUCUAUUCUUGUCAACGAUAUUUCAUUCGACCAUUAUUCAUACCUACUUUUUUCUUCGCUGCCUUCGACCCGAGAAAGCCCUAUCUAACAGAGAAUCGAGGUUUUCUUUUUCUACUGCAGGAAGCCGAGCGUACCUUGUCCGUGUGACGUCUCACCACGCCUAA